AUUUUUUGAAGAAAAGAUACAAAGAUUAUUCUUAUAGAUUUCGACGAAAAUGUGGCAUUAUGAACACAUUAAGGACCUUGCUCAAGAUGUGCAAGAAAAAACUAAAAUCAAAAGUUACCAUUUUUGAUUGGAUAUAUUUAUAGGAGUAGUACAAUUUUCUUAUCAUCCUCAAUUUUCGAGAGAGGAUUACUAUGUACCAGAUUUGAA